UAGGUGACAUCUGCCAAGAGCUUCAUGCAGUGGUCUAGACGGUAGAAGCGUCAAAUAUGAUUCUCCUCACUGUGCUUUUCCUCUGCAUCAUUUCCACUUAUUCAGCUUCGGUCAAAGGACACACCACCGGCCUGUCCCUCAAUAAUGACCGGCUCUACAAGCUCAAAUACUCCACCGAGGUGCUCGUCGACCAGGUCAAAGGCCAACUCCACGACAGCGUGGGCUACCGCAUCUCUUCCGACGUGGACGUGGCUCUGCUCUGGAGAAAUCCGGACGGCGACGAUGACCAGCUCAUCAAGAUCACCAUAACGAACGUGAACGUGGACCAUGCGAACGAACACAAGGGAGGAAAGAACAUCUUCAAAGGGAAAAACUCCCAGAAAAUCCUCGGCAAAGACAACCUGGCCUCUCUGGAGAAACCAGUGCUUCUCCACCUGAUGCACGGGAAGGUGACGGACUACUAUUCCCAUCCCAAUGAGCCCGUGGCUAUCGAGAACCUCAAGAGGGGUGUUGCCAGCCUCUUUCAAAUGCAGCUGACUUCUGGAACUGUAAAUGAGGUGGACAUCUCUGGGAAUUGCCAAGUGGUCUACCAAGCCCAGCAAAAUAAAGUCACCAAAAUCAAGUCUCUGAACACCUGCAAAAUCGCCAGGCCCGGAUUCACUACCCAAAAUCAGGUUCUAGGUAUCAGCUCGAAGUCCACGUCGACUACUACCUACUUGAUCGAAGACAGCUUCGUUACUGCCGUGAUGGCGGAGGAAAUCCACGCUUUUGGCUUGAAUUACCUAAGGAGCCUCACUGGGAAAAUCGUGUCCAAGCAGAGGCUGGAGCUGAAAAGCACGGAGGUCGGGCCCGGGCUCAUCCCCGGGAAGCAGGCAGCAGCUGUAGUGAAGAAGGUCGACGCCAAAUACAGCAACAGCCCUCUCGUGGGGCAGUUCGUCCACACCGAGUGCAAGAACUGCCCUUCGCUGUCCGAGUUCUGGAAGACAGUCCGCAAGCAGAUGCAGCCGGAGAAUCUUUCCAAGGCGGAGGCGGCCAGGACUUUCUUGACUUUCAUCUUGCGCCUCAGGAGUGCUAAGAAAGAAGAGAUUCUUGAGGUUCUGAAGAGUGAAAAUAAAGACAUCCUGCCUCAGCUGGUGGACGCCGUGACCUCCGCUCAGACGCCGGCCUCUCUGGAGGCCAUUCUGGACUUCUUGGACUUCAAAAGCGACGAUAGCGUUCUUCUCCAGGAGAGGUUCCUCUAUGCCUGUGGCUUUGCAACUCACCCCGACGAAGCCCUCCUGAAAGCCUUAAUCGGUAAGUUCCGGAGUCCGAUCAAAAGCAACGACAUCAGAGAGACGGUGGUGAUCAUCUUGGGUGCCCUCGUCCGGAAACUGUGCCAGAACGAAGGUUGCAAACUUCCCGCGGUGGUGGAGGCCAAGAAGCUGAUCCUGGGAGGCUUGGAGAAGCCGGAAUCCAAGGGGGAUGUGAAGAUGUACCUCCUGGCCCUGAAGAACGCUUUGUUGCCUGAGGGAAUCCCGCUGCUGCUGAAACACGCCGAGUCUGGGGAGGGGCCCGUCAGCCACCUGGCCAUCACCGUGCUCCAGAGAUACGACGUCUCUUUCAUCACCGACGAGGUGAAGAAGACGAUGAACCGGAUUUACCACCAGAACCGAAACGUCCACGAGAAGACCGUGCGGACCACGGCGGCCUCCGUCAUCCUGCACAAUAAGCCCUCCUACAUGGACGUCAAAAACCUCCUGCUUUCUAUCGGAGAGCUCCCCAAGGAGAUGAACAAGUACAUGAUCUCUACCAUCCGAGACAUUCUGCAUUUCGAAAUGCCUGCCAGCAAAAUGGUUCGCCGAGUCCUUAAGGACAUGGUGACCCAUAACUACGACCGUUUCUCCGGGAGCGGCUCGUCUUCCGCCUACACCGGCUACGUGGCACGCGACCCCCACGCCGCAUCUAUUUACAGCCUGGACAUCCUCUAUUCCGGCUCCGGCAUCCUCAGGAGAAGCAACCUCAACCUCUUCCAGUUCAUGGGGAAGUCCCAUCUGCAUGCCAGCCAGGUGGUGAUCGAGGCGCAGGGACUGGAAGGCCUCAUCGCGGCCACUCCCGAUGAAGGGGAGGAAAACCUGGACUCCUUUGCCGGCAUGUCAGCCAUCUUAUUUGACGUCCAGCUCCACCCCGUGACUUUCUUCAGCGGCUACAGCGACCUGAUGUCCAAAAUGCUGUCUGCGUCCGGAGAUCCCAUCAGUGUCGUGAAAGGGCUCAUUCUGCUGACAGAUUACUCACAGGUGUUGCAGCUGCAGUCCGGCCUGAAGUCCACGGUGGAGUUCCAAGGAGGACUGGCCAUCGACAUAUCUGGAGUCAUGGAGUUCAGCCUCUGGUACCGGGAAUCCAAAACACGCGUGAAAAAUCGGGUGGCCGCGGUGGUGGCCGGGAACAUCGUGGUGGACUCCUCCUUCGUUAAGGCCGGCCUGGAGACCAGCGUGGAGAGCGAGACCGGCCUGGAGUUCAUCUCCACCGUCCAGUUCUCUCAGUAUCCGUUCCUGGUGUGCAUGCAGAUGGACAAGGACCAGGCCCCAGUCCGGCAGCUCGUGACUAGUUACGAGCGACUGGCCACGGGAAGGGGCUUCGUGACCCGGAGGAGAAAGGAGAAGCUUUUGGCCGGCUCGGAAUUCCCGCUCCACCAGGAGAACUCGGACAUGUGCAAAGCGGUGUUCGGUACCCAACCUGAGACCGCUUCCAGCGGCUGGUUCUGAGCCCGGCCUCGGAGGACCACCACCUCCAGGAGGAAGACGAGGAGGAGAAGAAGAAGAAGACCCCCGGUCUGGGGCUCUUGGAGAGCAGAGUGUUUACAUAUUAACGGGUAUUUAAGAUUUUUUUUUUUGUAAAAAGCCAAUGGAGAAAAUAGCAGCAGUCGGUGGCAUCGCCCCCAUAGCAGCCAGGGAGUUCCUUCUUUUUCUAAGGGGGCAAACUCCAGGAUCCAGAAUAGGUGACCCCCGCCAUAAGGAUGUUAUACGUUGCCAACUUGUACUUCCCGAGCGCUUAGUACAGUGCUCUGCACACCGGAAGCGCUCAAUAAAUAUGAUUGAUUGAAUGAAUGAAUGAAUGAAUGAAUAAGGAUCGACGUGUGGAAAUACCCUUGGGGAUUGGGCUACCCGGGUGAAACCCGCUACCCAUUAUCAGGAAAAUUCAAGGCAACAGAAACCUCGGCGCUGAAUCUGUGAGCUCCCAUGGAUCCAGAAAUCGGGUCUGAUUUCCACCUGGUGUCUUCUUUCCCAACGUCUACUACAGUAUCUGCCACGCAGUAGGCACUUAAUCAAUACAAUUCCUACCACUUCAGGGUUACCCGCUCCAUCGCUCCAAUUUGCCUAAGCAGGCCGGUGUCUUUUACGAGACUUUUUUUCCCCCCCACCGGCCUAAUUAAUAUUUAUCUCUUUCUUUCGGGGUGGAAUCGACCAGGCCAAUUUAGAACUUGAAACCUUAUCGCUAGCUCGUUAUUUCUAGAAGGAGCUUCUCUUUCCCGCUCCUCCAUAGAACGCUUAGAACAGUGCUUUGCACAUAGUAAGCGCUUAAUAAAUGUCAUUAUUAUUAUUAGAACAGUGUCUUGAAGUGCAGGUGUAAGCAAUCAAUUUUGAGAGUCGCCCAUCUGAUUUGGCUGGUGGCGGGUUUGGGUUUAGAGGGAAACUAGCCUCCUUGUUGAUGAAUUAUUUUGCAAUGACUUCUGCGGUGGUCGCAAAAGUGUCGUUUUGCCCUUACAAGUCUGCGAAAUAGCCAACAGAAUGUAGAUUAAUUCAUAUGUACGGGUACGCCGGGAUGAAUGCCAAACCACAACCUCCCCGCCACCGCCCUCCCCACAAAAGAAACAGGACAUUACAUUUCUGAAAAUGAAAUUAAGCCAAGCACAUCUUCCUCUGCAAAAAUAAAAACCAGCUGGCAUCA